AUGGCAAGCAAGGCCAUGUCUCGAACUGCGCCGUUGCUACUCGCGCAUAGCACAGAGCCGUGGUCUGUUUCUCCGCCAAAUGCAAUGUGGUAUGAUGCGCUGAAAUAUAUUGCCAAGCAUAAAGAUAUAUCGACCUUUCCCAAAGGACUCUUGGUCGAUGCCGACCCGUAUACAUACACGAUUUGUGAUGGCUACCCUAAAGCGCAGUAUCAUUUUCUUAUAUUGCCCCGGAUUCCAUUUUAUGUAAAUUAUAACGAAGAACGCACAGAAGUCCCAGAGAGUGAUAUGGAAUCGAUAUCCACAUUACUGAAGAGUCGCUUUGCGCGAGACAUUUUGCGACGCAUUAGUGACGCAAGAGACCGACUCGUGGUAAGGAUUCAUGAGUCUAUGAAGCAGUCUCGUGUACGCCCUGAUGGAGCAUAUGCAUACUAUCCUGAAUCGGAGGCAGAUUGGGGCCAUACGGUAUGGGGUGUUCAAUCGGGCUUCCACAAUGUCCCAUCGAUGCGGCACUUGCAUUUGCAUGUGAUUUCGACUGACUUGGUCUCCCAGCGACUCAAGCGAAAAAAGCACUACUUGUCUUUCCACCCAGGCGUGGAAUAUUGGCUUCCGAUGGAGCAGGCCCAACAGUGGGUUGAUCAGGGUCGGACUCAGCUCCCACAUGCUCCAGAGUACUACGAGAGUCUAUUGGAGGGACCUUUUGUAGCACUGGAUGGAAUGCCCAAGACAUUCUCAGACCUACCGGAAGUGAAAUAUUACUUGAAACAGCGAUUCUCCCGCGUGUCAUCCCAGCAGCGCAUGAGUGAUAAUCGCAAUUGA